AUCAGAAGGGCGGCGACAGCUCAGAUAGGCAUGGCGAUACGUUUGGGUUCUUGUUCUCAUACGUUUGCAGUAGUCAUAUAUAUAGUGUUGCAAUCGAUGUAGGCAAAGAAUCGUAGCUCAGCUCUUGAAGGAGACACAUCACCUCAAAGCUCUAUACAUUGCGCAGAGUGCGGUAACAUUACAACCCUGUGGAACUAUGCAAGAUAAAACGAGUGCUUGUGAAAAGACAUAUUUCGUUGAACCAGUAAAUGAAAUGAAUUGCCUUCCAUUGAAGGAAGUGGCCUGCCACUGCCGCCGUGAAAGGAAGAGCUUGCGUUUUGCGAUAACGUGUGUGAUUGCCGGAUUUCUUGCAGGCUUAGGAGUCGCUUUCAUAGGCCACUUUUCUAGCAGUUGCCUCGCAGGAGGAGCAGCGGGGGCGACGGCAGGGGAAAACACAACCAGCAGCCCAGCACAAACAAAUUCACCAACAGCAGCGACAGACAUCUCCGAUCCCCACGAAGCCACCGCCAGCAGCCCAGCACAAACAAACCCAACGCCAGCAGCGACAGACAUCUCCGAUCCCCACGAAGCCAUCGCGCGGGAAUGGCGGAACCUGCGCCGUCUGGGCUGCCAGCCAACGGUGAUAAGUGUGGACGUUCUGGACUUGCUUGGGCCGCGAGAUGACUUACAAGACAAAGACUUCAGUCCAAAGAAACUUACGGUCAGACGCUGCUUGCCUUCGCGGAGCUUCUGUGAGGCGAAAGGACAUCGCUGUGUUCCUAGCGAGGGCGGCGUGAGGAAGAAGAAAUAUGCGGUGGAAUUCCCAGAAAAAGGCGAAAACCAGACUCGUUGGAGGGAAACUUGGGAGGAAGUUGCGUGCGAGUGUCGUCCCGUCCGCUGAGCAACUCGGGUUCCGCGCUUACUUUGCCAAUUGGGUUUCCAUUGGAGGAAUAUGUUAUUGCAUCUCAGGGACUGGAUUGGCUUACUUUUUCAUUAUGGUUAUUAUUCACAAGAAUGUAAUGCAAAGUAGGCUAUUUUAUAUUAUAUUUAUUUAUUAUCUGUAAAUCUGAAAACGUAACUGCAAUGUAUUACUGUACUUUGAUUUCUACAUUUAUUAGUAAUAAUGGCAUUUUUGUGACGAAGAUUUCCUUAUAAGAAUUUCUUCAAGCGAGAAUAGCAUACACAGAAUACUCAUCGUUUCCUAUAUUUAUUUAUAAUAAAUAUAUUCGUUGA